GCCGGGGGCGCGGCGGGAGGGGUCGGGGGGGGCGGCGCGCGGGCGGCCCCUCCCCCUGCCAGGUCCGGGCGGGCGCCUGGAGCCGCCGGAGUUUCCGCACCCGGGAGGGAGAUGCGGCCAGGGCUCAGGCUCCUUGCAGAUUCCUAACCAGCAUAAUGCUGGAGCCAGGAGCCACCAGCCUGCAGUUUUCAGAAUGGCCAUGUUGGACACUGAUUUGGAUCACAUUCUUCCAUCUUCUGUUCUUCCUCCAUUCUGGGCUAAGUUAGUAGUGGGAUUGGUUGCCAUUGUGUGUUUUGCCCGCAGCUAUGAUGGAGACUUUGUCUUUGAUGACUCAGAAGCUGUUGUUAACAAUAAGGACCUCCAAGCAGAAACGCCCCUUGGGGACCUGUGGCACCAUGACUUCUGGGGCAGUAGACUGAGCAGCAACACCAGCCACAAGUCCUACAGGCCUCUCACCGUCCUGACUUUCAGGAUUAACUACUACCUCUCGGGAGGCUUCCACCCCGUGGGCUUUCACGUGGUCAACAUCCUCCUGCACAGUGGCAUCUCUGUCCUCAUGGUGGACGUCUUCUCGGUUCUGUUUGGCGGCCUGCAGUAUACCAGUAAAGGCCGGAGGCUGCACCUCGCCCCCAGGGCGUCCCUGCUGGCCGCACUGCUGUUUGCUGUCCAUCCUGUGCACACCGAGUGUGUUGCUGGUGUUGUCGGCCGUGCAGACCUCCUGUGUGCCCUGUUCUUCUUGUUAUCUUUCCUUGGCUACUGUAAAGCAUUUAGAGAAAGUAACAAGGAGGGAGCACAUUCUUCCACCUUCUGGGUGCUGCUGAGUAUCUUUCUGGGAGCAGUGGCCAUGCUGUGCAAAGAGCAAGGGAUCACUGUGCUGAGCUGUAAAUUGAUAGAGGUGGCCGUCCUCCACACCAUGGCCCCACCUGGCAGAGGCCUGCUCUCAUCAAUGUGUGGUUUCCAAAGUCACCCUGGACAUCUCCAUUCCAGCCAGCUGGAAGGGGAAACCAAGUGGGAAUGUGUGCCUAAGUUUUACAACCAAACAUCCAAAAUGGGUUUAAAUGCGGUAUUUGACAUCUUGGUGAUAGGCAAAUUCAAUGUUCUGGAAAUUGUCCAGAAGGUACUACGUAAGGACAAGUCAUUAGAGAAUCUCGGCAUGCUCAGGAACGGGGGCCUCCUCUUCAGGAUGACCCUGCUCACCUCCGGAGGGGCUGGGAUGCUCUAUGUGCGCUGGAGGAUCAUGGGCACGGGCCCGCCGGCCUUCACCGAGGUGGACAACCCGGCCUCCUUUGCUGACAGCAUGCUGGUGAGGGCCAUAAACUACAAUUACUACUAUUCAUUGAAUGCCUGGCUGCUGCUGUGUCCCUGGUGGCUGUGUUUUGAUUGGUCAAUGGGCUGCAUCCCCCUCAUUAAGUCCGUCAGCGACUGGAGGGUAAUUGCACUUGCAGCACUCUGGUUCUGCCUAAUUGGCCUAAUAUGCCAAGCCCUGUGCUCUGAAGACGGCCACAAGAGGAGGAUCCUUACUCUGGGCCUGGGAUUUCUCGUUAUCCCAUUUCUCCCCGCGAGUAACCUGUUCUUCCGAGUGGGCUUCGUGGUCGCGGAGCGCGUCCUCUACCUCCCCAGCGUUGGGUACUGUGUGCUGCUGACUUUUGGAUUCGGAGCCCUGAGCAAACAUACCAGGAAAAAGAAACUCAUUGCCGCUGUCGUGCUGGGGAUCUUAUUCAUCAACAUGCUGAGAUGUGUGGUGCGCAGCGGCGAGUGGCGGAGUGAGGAACAGCUUUUCCGAAGUGCUCUGUCUGUGUGUCCCCUCAAUGCUAAGGUUCACUACAACAUUGGCAAAAACCUGGCUGAUAAAGGCAACCAGACAGCUGCCAUCAGAUACUACCGGGAAGCUGUAAGAUUAAAUCCCAAGUAUGUUCAUGCCAUGAAUAAUCUUGGAAAUAUCUUAAAAGAAAGGAAUGAGCUACAGGAAGCUGAGGAGCUGCUGUCUUUGGCUGUUCAAAUACAGCCAGACUUUGCUGCUGCAUGGAUGAAUCUAGGCAUAGUGCAGAACAGCCUGAAACGGUUUGAAGCGGCAGAGCAAAGUUACCGGACGGCAAUUAAACACAGAAGGAAAUACCCAGAUUGUUACUACAACCUCGGGCGUCUGUAUGCAGAUCUCAAUCGCCACGUGGAUGCCUUGAAUGCGUGGAGAAAUGCCACGGUGCUGAAACCAGAGCACAGCCUGGCCUGGAACAACAUGAUUAUACUCCUCGACAACACAGGUAAUUUAGCCCAAGCUGAAGCAGUUGGAAGAGAGGCACUGGAAUUAAUACCUAAUGAUCACUCUCUCAUGUUCUCGUUGGCAAACGUGCUGGGGAAAUCCCAGAAAUACAAGGAAUCUGAAGCUUUAUUCCUCAAGGCAAUUAAAGCAAAUCCAAAUGCUGCAAGUUACCAUGGUAAUUUGGCUGUGCUUUAUCAUCGCUGGGGACAUCUAGACUUGGCCAAGAAACACUAUGAAAUCUCCUUGCAGCUUGACCCCACGGCAUCAGGAACUAAGGAGAAUUAUGGUCUGCUAAGAAGAAAGCUAGAACUAAUGCAAAAGAAAGACGUCUGAUCCUUUUUCCUUCGUGUUUUGAGUUUGAGUGUGUGUGUGCAUGAGGCGUAUCAUCAAUAGUAUGUGGUUACAUUUAACCAUUUAAAAAUCUUAGCCAUGUUAUUUUACUGAUUUUUUUCUAUGAAAACAAAGACAUGCAAAAAGAUUAUAGCACCAGCAAUAUACUCUUGAAUGCUUGAUAUGAUUUUUCAUUGAAAUCGUAUUUUUUCAGACAACUCAAAUGUAAUUCUAAAAUUCCAAAAUUGUCUUUUUUAAUUAAACAGAAAAAGAGAAAAAAUUAUCUUGAGCAACUUUUAGUAGAAUUGAACUUACAUUUGGGAUCUGAGCCUUGUCGUGUAUGGACUAGCACUAUUAAACUUCAAUUAUGACCAAGAAAGGAUAGACUGACCCCUACAAUUUGUAUAAAUAUUGAACAUGUCUAUAUAUUAGCAUUUUUAUUUAAUGACAAAGCAAAUUAAGAUUUUUUUAUCUCUUUUUAAAACAAUAUACUGUGAACUUUGUAAGGAAAUAUUUAUUUGUCUUUUUAUGUUUUGAAUAGGGCAGAUAAUCGAAUGAGGAAUGGAAGUUUUAACAUAGUAUAUCUACAUGCUUUUCCCCAUAGGAGGAAAUUGACUCUUGCAGUUUUUGAUGCUCUGACUUGUACAAUUUCAAUACAUAGGAGGUUAUGUAAUGUAAUAUUUUACAUAAACGAUUACUAUCAAUUGAAAGUUCAAGCCAUGCUUUAGGCAAGAGCAGGCAGCCUCACAUCUUUGUUACAUCCAAGGUGAAGAAGGCAACACAUCUGUGUAAGUUGCUUUUUAGUGUUUUUAACUGAAAAGCCGUUUUCCAUUUUGCUUAAUGAAACUACAGACAUUACUCUAUCCAGAAAAUGCAAAAUUUUCUCUCAAAUGGAGCCACAUUCGGGGAAUUUGUGGUAUUUUUAAGAAUUGAGUUGUUCCUGCUGUUUUUUAUUUGAUCCAAACAAUGUUUUGUUUUGUUCUUCUCUGUAUGCUGUUGACCUGAUGAUUUAUGCAAUCUGUAAUUUCUUAUGCAGUAAAAUUAUUCCACAAACUA